GCGACGAAGAUAAAAAAAAUAAAAAGAAAGAACAUCUUACCGAUGCCGAAAAAGAGAAUAACAUCAAAGCUGAAAAUGAGAUCUUAAACAAAGUACCACUACCAUCUUCCUUAAAUAAAAACGUGGGUAAUAAGAAAAAUGCAAUAAUUGGAUCGAUGAAUAUCCAAGCGUUUGGUACCAAAAAAAUUGCCAAUGAUGCUGUAAUGAGAAUUGUUGUUGAUAUUCUUAAACGUUAUGAUAUUAUCCUUUGCCAAGAGGUUCACGUGCCAGAAGGCAAAGAAGAAAUGAUUGAAGCUCUUGUUAAAUCGAUAUCGACAUCAUCCACACCUUAUUCUUAUGUUAUGUCUAAACCCAUAGGUAGAAAUUCUUAUCAAGAAAGAUAUCUUUAUUUAUAUAAAGAAAAAGAUUGGGAAGUGAUUGAUAACUAUGUAAUUGAUGAUGAUACAAAAUUGGGUGAUAAAUUUAUUCGAGAUCCUUUUGUCGUUCGAUUUAAACAUCUGAAACAUUCUAAUGUGAGGAUUAAUCUUGUUGGCUGCCAUACUCAGCCAGAACACGCGUACGAUGAAAUCCAAGCAUUAAUUACUUCUGUAUAUCCUAUGGUAAAGAAAAAGUUAGGACAAACAAAAACUAGGGGUAUUCCUCAACAAUCUGGGCUAAAAAGAAAAGAGAAACCAGACAAAGGCCCAUGUUUUAAUUUAUUGGGUUUCUUUAGAUCCUUAUGUAGUUGUUUUAGACCUGAUGUUGAAAAGGAGGACACAACACAUGAAAAAACAAGAGAUGUUGAUACUGAAAGUAGUGAGCCUAUAGUUUUAAUGGGUGAUUUCAAUGCAUCGGGUUCUUAUCUCAAUAAAACACAACGUAAAGAACUCGAUGAACUAUUAGAAAAAGGUGGACUGACUUGGGGGAUUGGUCAUAAAGAUGAUACUACCGUUGCAGACACUGAUGCUGCCUAUGACCGAUUUGUAUUUGAGUUGGAUAACAAGGAUGAUUGGAUUGGAGAUACCCGCGUAUGGAGAUUCGAUGAUGGUUGGGCAAAUAAAGUCAAGAAGGAUCCAGAUUUGGUCAAAAAAGCUGCAAAACGUGUCUCGGAUCAUUAUCCCAUUGAAUUUGAUUUUAAAUUGGCGUAA